AGUGGGCCGAGAUCUAUGCUGCGACCUAUUGCCGAGUUCGCACAGGCCGGGGAUGGGUCAAAUGCCAGCACGCCCAUUGGGCAUUGGAAACAGCGGGUUGCCGGAAAACGUCAUGGGGAGGAUCUCCAUUGUGGCGGCCAGAAAUCGGAGCUUGCCUCAUACAAUCUUUGAUACUCGGUGCUACUGCUGGGACAGCCGGCGCCUGCGAGUUGCGGCUGGCGCGAGAACAACGCCAAUCCAAUUCUAUCGCCAAUAAUUCCAAUUCACAGUUCCAAUUCUCGGCUCCCGCCAAUCUAUGUUCCCGCCUCUGCUCACCCUCCCACAGCCAGGUCAUGUUGGCAUAGGAUACAGGAUACAGGGUAUAGGACACAGGACGCAACCCCACCAACCUGUCGGCCAUGUCUCCCUCAGUGCGCCUCGCCACGUGCCUCCGCCGCCAGGCCACCUUGGCCCAGCGCACCACGACCACAACCACAACCGCCACCACACGGCGACUCCGCCGACAGACACAGGGGCUCAGAAGUCUGUCGACGGCCGCCGUCCGCCGGCCCAAUGCCCGCCAAUCAUCCACCCCCGUCCUCUCGCAGCCCACGCCCACGCCCGGGCGGCCGCUCUCGACCACACCCGCGCGCCUCCUCGCCGACGUCGACGAGUCCUUCGAUCCGCAAACCGUCGACCGCGAGAGCGACGAGGUAGAUGUGUGCAUCGUGGGCGGCGGGCCCGCGGGCCUGGCCGCUGCCAUCCGCCUCAAGCAGCUCGCCAAGGCCGCCGGCAACGACGACUUCCGCGUGCUGCUGCUCGAAAAGGCCGGCGAGAUCGGCGCCCACAUCCUGUCGGGCGCCGUCAUCCAGCCCACCGCCGUCGAGGAACUGCUCCCCGACUGGCUUGCCGAGGACAAUGCCGCUCGCUUCGAGGGCGCCACCCCCGCCGGCGGCGACUCGAUGCGCUUCCUCACCAAGACGCUCGCCAUCCCCCUGCCCACGCCCCCGCAGAUGCACAACCACGGCAACUACAUUGUUAGCCUGAACGAAUUCACAAAGUGGCUGGGCGAGCGCGCCGAGGAGCUCGAGGUCGAGGUCUACCCGGGCUUCGCCGCCAGCGAGGUCCUGUACAGGCCCGACGGCAGCGUCAAGGGCGUGGCCACCAACGACCUGGGCAUGGCGCGGAGUGGGAAGCCAAAGGACUCAUUUGAGAGGGGCAUGGAGUUCCACGCCAGGAUCACCCUGUUCGGCGAGGGCUGCCACGGCAGCUUGACCAAGCAGGUCAUCAAGAAGUUUGACCUCCGGAGCGACAGCCAGCCCCAGACGUACGGCCUCGGCAUCAAGGAGGUGUGGGAGGUUCCGCCCGAGAAAUUCAAGAAGGGCGAGAUCGUGCACUCGAUGGGCUACCCCCUGCCCGCCGACACAUAUGGCGGCGCCUGGAUGUACCACUUUGGAGACAACCUGGUCAGCAUCGGCCAGGUGGUGGCGCUCGACUACUCGAACCCCUGGCUGUCGCCGUACGGCGAGUUUCAGAAGCUCAAGCAGCACCCCCUCUACAAGAACGUUCUUGAGGGCGGCAAGUGCAUCUCGUACGGCGCGCGCGCGCUGGUCGAGGGCGGCUUCCAGUCCAUCCCCAAGGUCGCAUUCCCCGGCGGCGCGCUGAUCGGCGACUCGGCCGGCUUCGUCAACGUGCCCAAGGUCAAGGGCACCCACAACGCCAUGAAGUCUGGCAUGCUCGCGGCCGAGGCCACGUGGACGGCGCUGGCCGACAGCAGCGACGAGGCGUCAGUGUUCCUGUACGACUACGAGGGCGCGCUGCGCAAGUCGUCCAUCUGGAAGGAGCUGAAGGAGGUGCGCAACAUGCGCCCGUCGUUCCACACGCCCCUCGGCAUCUGGGGCGGCAUCAUGUACUCGGGCCUCGAGGCGUUCCUGCUCAAGGGCCGCGUGCCCUGGACGUUCCGGCACAGGGUGACGGACCAUGCGGCCACGAAGCCGGCCGACAGCUGCAAGAAGAUCGAGUACCCCAAGCCCGACGGCAAGCUCACCUUUGACAUCCUCACCAGCGUCUCGCGCACGGGCACCAACCACGAGGAGGACCAGCCCGUCCACCUGCAGGUCAGGGACUGGGACAAGCACACGGCCGAGACGUACCCGACCUUCAAGGGGCUUGAGAACCGCUUCUGCCCCGCCGGCGUCUACGAGUACGUCGACGACGCCUCCAAGCCCGAGGGCGUGCGGUUCCAGAUCAAUGCCCAGAACUGCAUCCACUGCAAGACGUGCGACAUCAAGGCCCCCCACCAGGACAUCAACUGGCAGGUGCCACAGGGCGGCGAGGGCCCCAAAUACUACAUGACAUGACACAAACCGUGUACGAAGAAAAGCACACCAAAAAGAAAAUAACAAAAUGAAAGGAAAAUAAAAACUAUCAGAGAAUGCUACAUAUCAUGUUGGGCAGGCACUUACUUGGCCUGCGAGCUUUAUCUUGAUAUAUACACAUAUACGUAAAUACAUGGAUGGCACUGGUAGAUUGACUGGCUCAAGCAGGCGGCGGGAAUGUAACAUUUUUCUUUUUUCUGUUGGUUUUAUUUAUCUCUGUUCAAAAGAAUAUUGAAGCUGAGAAGCAAACUAUAAUCAUCACUUACUAUUCCGAGUGUG